AUGGUCGAUAGUGGUGUCCCCCAGGGCUCAGUACUGGGACCCAUUUUGUUCCUUAUCUACGUGGACGAUGCCGCAAGAGAUUUAGACUGUGAAGUAGCAAUGUUUGUGGAUGACAUGAAGAUAUGGAUUGUAAUUCGGGGUCCUGCCGAUGAAGACAGACUGCAGAUGAACCUGAAUCGGUUGGAGGAGUGGUCAAACCGUUGGCUCCUGCGGUUCAACGUUGCCAAAUGUAGCAUACUUCGCCUAGGCAACACAGCCAGAUCCGCCAGCACAAGAGGCUACUUUCUGGGCGGUGCAGCCCUACAAGAGAUCGAAGCCCAAAAGGACCUCGGUGUGCUUACGACGAGUUCCCUAAAACCAUCCGCCCACUGUUCGAGGGUGGCAAAAACCGCAAUGUCCGUACUGUACGCCAUCAAGCGUGCGUUGAUGGACUUUGACGAAGAAGCUUUCUCUAAGACAUUCGGAACAUUCGUCCGGCCGCAUUUAGAGUACGGCAUACAAGCUUGGAGGCCGUGGGCUGUUGUGGAUCAAAACUGCCUCGAAAGAGUCCAGAGGAGAGCCACGAAGAUGGUUAGGGGUCAAAGCUCCUUUCCCUAUGCGACCCGCCUAGUAAAUCUGAACCUCUUUCCUUUGAGUUACAGGCAACUUCGCGGAGAUCUCUUGCAAGCCUUCCGCAUUGUAAAGGGGUUGGAUUGCAGUCUGGCCUUCGAGGACUUUUUUGAAUUUGCUACCACGACCAACCUCCGAGGUCACCCGUUAAAACUGCGCACUCAGCAGGCACGGCUGGAUGUGCGGAAGUUCUCCUUCUCGGUUCGGGUGGUCAAACCAUGGAAUGAGCUUCCCGCAGAUGUUGUGAUGUCACCAUCUAUACAAAGUUUUAAGAAGAAUCUGGACAUAUUUAUGUUCCGAAAUGACCAAGAGCGAUGAGAAGUCGAGCUCACCCCCUGUAACUCCUUCUCAUUUUGUCCCACCAUUAUGGGCGUGUUCGAACUAUUUCAGCCCAGAACAUCUAUCUGUACACCACAAAUUUUUUUACGUUGCAAAUAGGGUACUCAAAGGCUUACGCCUAUUUCCCUCAAUAAACUGAACUGAACUGAACUGAACUGACCAAAAAGUUGGACCACUACGCGCCCUACAAAACACCGUCCCCAGAUGUGCGCUAUCCUCAAUGUCCCAGUUCCAUGCGCACUUACCAAUAAAAGGUCGAGAGCAUUCAUCAUCAAGGGUUAUGAACCUUUAAGUGGCGAAAUGUGCGAACGAUGAAGUAAUAGAAAGGCUCACUUUCUGACCUAACGAAAUUUAGAUUGCAUAGGAGUUCAAAUUGCAAAAAAUGUAGCUGCAUCAAAAGAAACAUUUUCACUGUCUGGACAAUGAAAUUGUGGUCGCUUACGUUGACGGGUCAUUUCUUCCAAAGGAGGCUGAGGUUGUGGCAAAACAAAAAGUAGGAUCGAAAAUUAAAGUCUGAUGGCAGAGGAGGCGAUAAGCUCGUCACUUGUCCGUCGCGCGAAAUCGAAGACUGCCCGUUAGCGCGCAUGAACAUGACUCAGAGACUGGGGAAGCUCGCACUAGUCUGAAAGCCGAGGUCACCAUUGGCUAACUGUUCCGAUAGCCUAUUGGUUCAAAUAGUGACGUCCAAUAGGACAGCCAGCCAGAUUAUGCCCUUCUCGUCCACUUGGGCUGCUGACUAGUGGGGUUGGGCUGGGCGCCAAUGGUCAUCCUCUUGGUUUACAGUGACCCCUAAUUUUUUGGACUUUACCCCCAAAACGUCCCAAGCGGCAGAUACCUUGGCAAUUUUUUUUUUAUCCCCAUCGUGUACAUGUUGAUUCGGUCUCCGUCGUCUGAAAAUUCGAAAUGAUCUUCAUAUCCUAACCCAUAUCCGUGGUUUUUCGUGGCGCAUGUGUGUUUUACAAAUAAACCAAGGCUGCCAGUUCUCAAAAAUAAGUAUUAUUACCUUCGCGAGAAUCGUAAACUUACUUAUGUGCCGCUAGCCCGGACCUAAAAUCUUGAUUUACCUGAUAAACCGCUUUAAUUCUCUUAAUUAAUGAAAAUUAUCAAAUAGCUCUAUCACUGUAAUCGAAUUCACGCGCAAGUCACCGUCCCUGCUCCCUCCCUGCUGUGCGGCUAACGGCGAAAUUUUCGAAAAUGACGGUAAAACGGUAAUAAACUAAAAGCCCAGUCACGUAAUUUGCCGAUAUUCCGCCGCCGCACGACACCGCUGUGAGGGGUUCGGCUCAUCGGUGCGGUCCAAUCGUUCCCCAUGUGCUUUCUGGCGGAUUCUCCCAUUUCAAAGCCGCAAAUUUUUAAUCUCGGAAGCUAAUGCGUUAGCUUGGAGUUAAUCAUUCCACACUAGGCUUUAUAAGCUCAGUCCAAAAGUUGAUGUGAAUACUUGGGCGGAAAUCCGUCAACUUCAGCAGAGAUAAUCGCGUAACUUUCAUAAACCGCUAGCAGGUAGCUAGUAGUAUGCAUACGCUGCAUGAUCUGUCGUACUGACAUAUUCAUACUUUUUACUGCCUGGGGAAAUGGCCUCAUCUUCGCUGCGAAAACGACAAUCUGCAGGCCAUAACACCCACAUCUAUCCGGCACUUGCAUAAUUUAAGCACACAGCAACACAUAUCACACAUAGCCACACAGCAAACUCGCUAACCUGUGGAUUCAGAAUGGAAAUGAACAAUGGAUAGUUAUGCGGGGAGGUACGCGUAAAACGAUUAUAUUCCUGUUAAAACUAUCCAGUCGGGUCUGUGAGAAAGUUCAAACCUGAACCUUCCAUGAGCCGAAGUUUUGAAGGUGUAAAAAGUUGCUUUUUAAUUUCCUCAAAAAUUAAUUGCAAAUGUGGAGUAGAUCAGUAUAUACUACGGUCUAUAAGCGCAGACCGAAAUUUGAUGCAUGAAUAUCUGGGCGAAGUCUAUCAGCCACAGCGGGUAACCUCGCAAUAUUCAUUUCGGUAGGUAUGCUAACUCAUGAAAUGUUAACCGAAAUCCUGAAAUGCGCUUUGGUUUCGAAAAGAUUACUUAAGGAGGGUUGUCAAAUUAAUCGUCAUGCAUCAUAAUUCUAUAGUAAUUCAGUUACCACAGUAUGCCGGCUUUCGAACGAACUUCUGUCCGGCUGCAUGCAAAAACCACACUCUGUGAAAAGUGACUACUUAUGUAGCAUGCAUUUUUCUCAUUAAUUUUCUAUGCCCUUAAAAGUUCGACCAGAUUUCAUGGAAAUCAUGAAUAAGAAUAUUCAUUAUUAUGCUCAUUCGGUAGAAAAUUACGUCUUCUUUCAAUUUUAUACUCGAAGAAACGGUAUAAUUCAGUUUUUAAAAAGUUUCAAAUUAUGUGAUUUUUCAAUGUCAUGAAAUGCCCGCUCAUAAAAGAUCUUGUCUCUGUAUUUACUAAUGUGGCUUGUAAAGUUUAUAAUAUGGCUUAAAUCCAUCUUUCAAUCUUAUGAACCCUAUAUGGUCUCCUCUUAAUGUCGUAGAGGAACUUAUGGUUUUCCCUACGCGGAACAUAUACGGCUUGCAGUUGUAAAACCCUGAAUUCAAGUGUAACGGUAGGUCGGGUUCAGAAUUAUUCGCGAAUUGAAAAAAAUUUUAAAAAUGGAAUAAUACCCUCCUUUUGUGUUUAAAAUUGAAAGAGGGUGUAAUUUUCUACCGAACGAGUAGAAGUAAUCUUUUCGGAACGAAAACGAAUUUCCGCAUUUCGGUUGACAGUUCCUGAGUUAGCACACCUACUACAACUGCUGACAGGCAGCUAGUAGUAUAUUCGAUGGCAAGAGGAUACCAUAUUAGCAGCACAGGUACAAGCUAAAAGCCCAUAUACCCUGCGGCGGCCUUUCUGCCCGGUCCCAAAGUUGCAUACAUGACGUUGUCCACUUGGCGCAUCGUUGACCCCCCCCCCCCCCCAACAUUUUCGUUCAAGGGCCCCGGUGGGAGGGAGGCAGUGUUUGUCUUGGCGGUGACUGCUCUCCCACCACUGGCUCUGAAGGUUCAUUGGCUAGCGAUUGGGGACGGAGGGAUGGGCCUUGUCUGCUGUCAGUCUCGGGCCGGGCAAUCACAUCCGCUCUAGAGCGCAUUUCAGCUGUGCUUUCAAAGCUAGGAAUAACUAACCAUUUUGCGUUAACAAGGUCAGUAGACGCUAACUGACAAGCUGCUCAUUACCAUGUUUUGGCAAUUAACUAAAUACCAUUCUUCACUUUGUUGUGUAGUGCGCCGUUCCUGGUUUUUUCAUAUCUGCUUUAGAUGUUUAGACAUAGUGUGUUUGGUGGGGGACGGGGUUUUUAUUUGAGAGCAUGUCCCAUAUCAUGUUUGUCGUCAGCGGCAAGUACACGAUCCAUUCCCGUACUAACGCUGGUCUUGCGCCAUAGUCCAGUUGGUACAGAUAUCAGUUGCUGAAGAGAGUUUUCUUGCCCACCAGAGCGCCUAGGUUCGGACCCCACGCUGUCGAUUUUCCCUCGACAAUGCCUAACAAGCAGUUUCAAAUAUAAAUUAUAUUGACGGGCUAAGUAGUCUUCUGGUGGGUUCUAGAUUGAGUACAUGGGAAAUCCUGCUUGGGCAGUCAGUUCACUGUAGUAGAUUUGGUGUACUCCCUAAGUUGUAGUAGGCUGGACUGAGCCUGGUAGUCACCUAAGGAUGCUAGACUGGUUACUUAGAAAAUCCAGCUUAGCAAUUAGCUUACUGUAUCAGGUUCGGUGAAUUUUAUAGGUUGCAGUAGGCUGAACGGGCAACUUGGCCCAAAUGCGAGUAAACUGACGGCUCCUGGUUGGGCAUCGUAGUUCAGGUGGCUAGGGCGUUGCCUGUACUCAAGCCUUUCCCGUGUUGUCGUGGGUCCUAAACCCACUGAGGUCGCCGAGUUCUUCGCCAUUUAGGUCAAAAUGAAAUAUUUCUAUGUCCUAACCCUGUCUCUAACCCCAACACAAACCGGAUCUUAACCCUAACCCCAACCCUCACAUUAACCCUAAUCGCCCUGAAAAUCAGCCAAAGGACACCUGAAUACAGGAGCGGGGGUUUUUCCCGACUUGUCGCCUUUUAGAAAAGUUCACUUUGGGGAGGUAUUAUGAAAUUCAAGGGUAGGGUCUGGGUGAAGGCCCCUAAACAUCCGUUGCAUACAAAGACUACCAACUAUACUUAUCGGAGUGGGUUUUGGUCUGACACGAUUAUUUCGGCUUGGUGUUGCAUCGUACAAGGUUAGGUCCUCUGUUGUAGACGGUCCGGUGCAUUAUCUACAAUGAUAUCAGCUCAGAGAGCUGAGAAGCGAUCGUUAUAGACACUUGAUGUUUAUUUUUUUAAUUAUCCUGCCUAAUUUCAUUUGCCAUAUGUCAAUGUAUUGAAAGUUUACCGCCCGAAAGACCAACUAUCCACACUCAGUCUUGCCAUUCCUCUACGCAUACAUGGGUCCCACCCGUAAAACUCCUAUUACUACCUUUUUCCGUAAGGCAGGAACCUUUGGCUGGUCGUGUGUGUUUGGGGUCUGUAGUGGCAAGCCACCAUGACUGGUCUGGCGUCAUUGUUCAAGACCUCGCAGUCUCAAGGUCAUUCACCCCUUGCAGCGAGCCGUCCCAGACCAGCUGACCUGAAGUCACAGCUCGGGCAUACCUGCGUCUGCGCAGUCGCAGCUGCCCAUGCAGCCACUUGAACGCGCCAUCCCCUGCGACCACCAGCCUACAAAAGCGGCUGCCACCACUAUCUCAGGGACUCUCAGGCCUAACUGGACGCAGUCAACACCAGCCCUGGCUUCGCCAGUGGCCACUGCCGCUUGAGAGGACAACUCCGGGUUCUGUCCACAAUAAAUCCUCAGACAGGUUCCUUCUGGCCUCCCCUUCCCAUCUGGCAUUAGCCCUGAUUAUGGUGGCGCUCAGACUGCACACACCCGCACCGCCUUGUCAUUACAGGUCCUUCACCCGAUCGUUGCCAUGGGGGACGAGGUUUUUAUCUGGGAGCAUGUCCCAUAUCAUGUCUCUCGUCAGCGGCAAGUACACGAUCCACAGUGGCCUCAUAUACCCUUUGGAUUGUCCUGAAAGUAGGCUCCAGCGCAACUACCCUGGAGCCAUUUAGAUUCAUGGAAUGCGUUAAUCGGGCUAUGCUGCUGAGUUUGCAUUGUACCCCUAGCAGAGGGCCAUGCAACAGACGCGCCGGAUCAAGACUGGGUCUAGAUCGGAAUUUGGAAAGCGUUAUCGGGAAUGCACAGCCAUAACAAAUGCCUACAUUGAGGGUGCGGUAAGAGGCCCAGUUGCAGGUUCACGCCGCGCCAAGUGAGAUCUCUGACGUCCCUCCCCCCCCACUACUUGUGUUGUGGUAUGAAAUCCUGGUUGGUGUACGCUGUCGACCAGGAUGGAGUGUUGUGGCACAAUCGGAGAAGCCUAAGCCAAGAGUAGGACCCUGGCUACCGUGACCUUCAGGACCGGUCCCGCAUAGAAAGAGGGAAGGGAGGCUAUUUGGAAGGAUAAUGCACUGUGAUUGACCGAUCUCAUGAAAUGCUGGCUGAAAUUCUGAAAUGCGUUUUCGAUUAGGAAGGAUUACGUAGGCGCGGUUGUAAUGUUGACUAUCUUGCAACAUAAUCCUAUAGUAUUUCGGACUCGGCAGGAUGUCAGCUUCUGAAUGCACGGCUUUUCAAUCUCCUGUAGAAAUCGUACUCGGUAAAAAUGACUACUUAUGUAGCGUACAUUUUUCACAUUUAUUUUCGAGGGUCUUGCAAAUUCAAAUAUAUCAUAUAAAAACCAUAAACAAAAUAUGCUUUCUUUCAGUCGUUUGAUAGAGAAUCACGUCAUCUUUAUAUUUUAUACUCGAAUAAGGAGUAUAAUUAGGUUUUAAAAAAGGUUUCCUAUUGCAGAAUAAUCUGGAGCCUGAUCAUUCGUUGCAUCAGCGCUUAGUGAUUUCAGUAUGCAAGGUGCAUGCGUUCAGUGUAAGGAGAAUUACAUAUUCUUCUAUGCCUUUAAAAAGAGUCCAUAAAAUUUUGCAAUGGAUGCGGACUAUGUUGUACACUUCGUAAGGAGCUGUGGUAAACGGACAGGUACGAUGCUAUGUGAAUGGGCAUUGCGCGGUCUUAAACAUCCCAUAAUUAGAAACUUUUCUAAAACCCAAUUAUUCUCCUUCUUCGAUUAUAAAAAAGAGGACGUAAUUCUCUGUCAAACGACUGAAAGAUAACAUUUUUGUUUAUGGUUUCUAAAAAGACAUUUGAAUUUGCAAGACCAUCGAAAAUCAAUGGGAAAAUGCAUGCUACAUAAGUAGUCAUUUUUUAGAAAAUAGGGUUUUUACGUGAGAUGACAAAGAAGUGCAUUCAAAAGCUGACAUCCUGCCGAAUCCAAAAUAUUAGAGGAUUAUGCCGCAAGAUAAUCAGUAUUACAAAUCUACCGAAGUAGUCCUUCCUAAUCGAAAACGCAUUUCAGAAUUUCAGCCAACAUUCUAUGGGCUUGGUCAUUCCCUGUAUUCUGUGCAGAAUAACUGGAGAAGGAAGCAGGGAGAGUCAGCAGCCGGACGAGGGCACGUCCGGCGCUGGGAGAGCGGUGUCCUGAGCAUCCACCGGGGUGUGCGUCAAGGCGUCUUAAGUCAGGGUAUGUCUGACUCGGCCUUGAAUCUGGUCCGGUCGUGCCAGCCACCUGUAGCCUCUCCAGCCUCCGGUCUUCUUGAUUUGGUCAUGACACCGGAUUCAGAUGGGGGAGGGGGAAGUGCGGUAGAUGCUCUGCAAGUCUACUAUCUGUUUGAACGAACUCACGCGCAAUUCACCGUCUUUGCUCUCAGACUUCUGUGGAGCGCAUGGUCGACGUCGUCUUCAACGACGGUUGCGUGAGUCCUUAACUAUUGCCGUGUAAGUGUGUGGGAGCGCUCACAACAGAUCCCAAUCUCCUCACCAGUCUACCAACAGGCUCAAGUAGGUUACCGGUGCUCUGAACAAGGAAGGAAGAUAAGGGGUAAUAUUGAGUCGCAAUUCUUCAUGGAAAAUCUGUGCGUCCCCCAUGAUACUUAUUCUAACAAGGCUUGCUAAAAGUCGCGAUUUGGAAGACUUUCGGUUGAAUAUGAAGUAGACUGCAACGACUCCUUCUCAAUAUGUCUUUUAUGACUCCUUUCACAUAUACGAGGUGUGAGUUCAUUGAUGGUGGUGUGUUUAAUUUAGCACCACAAAGCAAUCACGGCCUGCAGACGGUCAUUACUUGGAAGGUUAUCAACUGACAGACUAGCUUGUUCCUUCUUCGGAUUCACGACCUGACCGAGGUGACACCAUAUUAACGUGGUCCUUAUGGUAAUCUAAUUAAUACUUAACCCAAAACCCCUCAGUGAAACCUGGCAGGUGCGCAGCUGGUGAACCAGGCCAUGUGAGGCACGCGUAAAUGGACUGUGUGAUUUUGUCAACCAAAUGAAUUCACUUUUAUGCCGGAGAUCCUUGACUUUGUCAUUCUAUUAGGGCACGUCGAACGUGAGAGGAAUGAAGUGAAGUAGGUGCCGUACAGGUUAACGCUGCGCUCUCGGACAACAACGGUGGAUCUUGUCACCUCUGAACGAUGGAACCACCAUGCUCUUUGGUGCUAGUAUAGGGGGCCAAGAUCAGGGGGUUAGUGGCUGCAAUACUAAAGGAUCAACCAUUACUUUGGUCAAAAAACCGAAGCUGUAGGUGCUUAAAGAUUCAGUCAGCCGUGGACGUCAGCGAGACUCGCACGUGUGUCAAGGUCAUGGAGAAGGACAGCCACAUUUUGUUCGAAAAUGGGGAAGUACAGUAGGUGGGCCAACUCAUGAAAUGUCCACGGAAAUUCCGAAAUGCGUUUCCGUUUCGAAAAGAUUAAUUAGGUAGGGUUAUAAAACCAAUCAUUACGCAGCGUAAUUCUAUAAUACUUCAGUUACCCCAGGACGCCGGCUAUCGAACAAACUUCUUUUCGGCUGCAUCCAAAAAACCGUACUCCGUAAAAAAUGGCUACUUAGGUAGCAUACAUUUUUUCAUUGAUUUUCGAUGCCCUUAAAGAUUCAAUUAUAUUUCAUGGAAAACAUGCAUAAAAAUAUCCAUUCUUUCACCCAUUCGCUAGAAAAAGACAUCUUCUUCCAAUUUUAUACUCGCAGAGAGGGUGUAAUUCAGUUCUAAAAGUUUCUAGUUGUGAGGUCUUUUAAUACCGUGAAAUGGCCCUUCCUAAAACGUCAUAUCUCUGCAUUUACCAAUGUAGCUUGUGAAGUUAACAAUGCGGCUCAAAUCCACGAUCGAACUUUAUGAACCCUAUGUGGUCACCCUUUAUUACCGUAGAGAAAUGCAGGGUUUGCAGUACGCGGAAAUUAUACGACUAGCACUUUGGGAACCCUGAAUCCAACUGUAACGUCAGGUUGCGUUCAAAAUUAUUCGGGAAUUGGAAAAGUUUUAAAACCCGAAUUAUACCCUUCCUUUGAGUAUAAAAUUGGAAGAAGACGUCUGUUUCUAGCGAAUGAGUGAAAGAAUGGAUAUUUUUAUGCAUGUUUUACAUGAAAUAUAAUUGAAUCUUUAAGGGCAUCGAAACUCAAUGAAAAAAUGCAUGCUACCUAAGUAGCCAUUUUUUUAAGGAGUAUGGUUUUUUGGAUGCAGUCGAAGAGAAGUUUGUCCGAAAGCCGGCGUCCUGGGGUAACUGAAGUAUUAUAGAAUUAUGCUGUAUGAUGAUUGGUUUUACAACCCUUCUUAAUUGAUCUUUUCGAAACGAAAACGCACUUCGGAAUUUUGGUUGACAUUUCAUGAGUUACCCCACUUACUGUAAAUCAAGUCCUCUUCCUCUUUGAAAAGUCAAUUUGGCAAACUUGUUUUGUUUCGGUACUUCACCAUCUGGCCCAAUGCAGUUACAUAGAAAGUAAAAUAAAAUUAAAUUAAAUUGAAGUUAAAUUAAAUUAAACAUAUGAGGCGCUCUAGGGGUUUUUAAGUGACUCGGGGACUAUUAACACUCAUCGUUCCCAUGCCACCCGUAUGACGAGGUCGGCAUGUUACGAUCAAUGAGCAGGGGAAGGUGACAUGGGCUGCGAGGGGUGUUUGUAAGUCGGGUACGUGAAGUACACACCACUGCCAUCAGGGGGUUGGAGGGGCGUCUAAUGACCAUCUGGCCACGGAAGACAGAGUGCCUGUGUCAACGUCUUCUGACAACAUAGCACUGGAUUCGUAUAGGCACUCCCUCGCUUAUACCUAACACCCAUUGGUGUAGAAAUCUGGAGAAGUUUCCUGGUGUUUGGCAGACAACCUAAAAGGCUUCUUCGGUAUUGAUCUAGUAACUUGUAUCGGCAAUAUGAGCGAGCAUAGAACUUAAAAUCUAUGUGUUUUCAUCUCUGCCUGGCCAGGUCGGUAUGUGUUCACGUACUCUCUUUUUCAUACGUCUCAUUGUACGGCCAAUGCAUCCCGCUCUACAGCAGUAACUGAACGAGUAAUACACAUCGAUGCCGCCUGCAAUGGUAGUGGGUCUUUAACUCCCAAACGUAGUAGGAGAGAGUUUGUGAAACAUGCACGCAAAUUCGCGGCGGAGAAAGCCCUAUUGACGUCAUCUCACUAGGUCGCUUGCUGCUUCCCCUCUAACUGCGUAUAUGCUUAUCGUAUUUUCCGUCCGAAGACAGCGAUCACUAGCGCUUUCUCGAGUUCAAUUCUCGCACAUCUUGUCGAUAUGAAUCACCGAGUCGAUGCCAAAGAGGCCUUUCAGGUUGUCUACCGGAGACCAGCAUCCAGAGACGUACUCACAACCUAUGUCCCCCUCUCCCUCGCUCCCUUGACCCAAUGACCACGACACGCCGACCACGCCAUAGCACGCUUCGUAAUGCGAGUGGCUUGGGAACGAGGGAUGUUAAUAGUCCCUGAAUCACCUAUAAGCCCUGUAAAUUCGCAUAACUUAAACUUCUAUGUAACCGUUUUGGCCUGAUGAAGACUUACCGAAAACACUUGUUUGGCAAAUUGACUUUUCAGUUUUCCGUUUUAUCACACCAGUCCCUCAACUGGAAGAUAUCGCGGGCAUAUGACACGCAGUUCGGAUCUGCAGCCGGACAGGCAAACCGGGCCUUCCGUCCGUGGGGAGGGCUGAUGUCCGAGGGGAAUUGUUGCUAACGUCAGGUGAAUACAUCAGGAGCCUCAACAAAGCUCUCCAGCUAGGCUGAAGUUUGGAGGCAACUGCUGAGGAGAUAACACAUAGCGAAAUAACGUAUCUGCACAAAUCAGUCGGACGAAUGCCCUUCAUACGCACUCUGAGUCAUAUGGUCAACAUUCCAACCGCUAACGGGAUUAGCAGCGGGGAUGGCCUCGACAGGCAUACGGUUGAAAUGUUUCAUCCGAUAGCGAACCAAACCUUGGCAAUGCAUCGACUGUCGGAUGUCAUGUGUCCCCUCGAGUCAGUUGAUGUUGACAACAUCUUUUUUAUUGCGAGCAAAGGUUAAACAUUCCUCAGAGCGAACAAGAAGCCGUGAAGAACCUUUGUAUGACGGCUCAAGAUCACGACAAGCGAGACCAGGUUGUCAAGACAUUUAGUGCGUGUGAUUAGGAUUAAGGUGAUUGCUUAAGAACUGAAACAGCCUACUUCGUAACUGGCACAGUCGAUGUACAGCAUUCGUUUGGUCCUCAACAGAAGCUAGGCUGAUCGGCAACAGCAGCUCAUUUGCUGUGCGAAGUGUCACUGCCAAAACUAGCCCCCGACGUCUGAAUUUAGGGAUGACUGAGCGUGGAGUAAGACCAGGUGAAGAUGUUCUGUGUAAAGCUGAGCCUUCUGUUGAACAGGAAGGAAGGGUAGCUUUCGGUAGUGAUGAAAUCUCCCCACCACACUUUCGUCCGCCGGGCGAUAUGAGGUUGUCCGGAGGUGAGCUCAUCCUGAGAAAUGGACCGAUUCGGGUUACACGUCGUGGCCCUUUCUCACUCUGGUUUGGGCGCAUAAGAGCGGAAACCCGACGAGUGAAGAACAAGUUCAACACGCCUCCAGUCUCAACACUUAACAGGACCAUGACAUCCACUCGCCAGACGAAACGUUCGACUCAAGCCAAUAGAAGACAACGUCAGUUGGACAAUUUAUUUGUAGUCGCCCUACUCCGAGCGCCUGCCGCAACGCUGGGCCCUUUGCGAGUGUCCGCUCGUGCGCACCAGGACUGUCUGGCGUUCGCCCAUUCGGUUUUCCGACUGGAUAAUCAGAUUCAAGGCUGAGUCAGACGUACCAUGACUUGAAACGGUUUGACGCAUACCCUGACUCACAGUUGGGACGCCGCUCUCUCGCCCCCGGAGGCGCUCUCCUCUGGCUGCCAGCUCUUUACAGCCCCUUCUCCAGUUGUUCUGUACAGAAUAUACUAUCCUCCAAACUGGCGUUCAUAUUCCUUUCCCAUUCAGGGUAGUGGUAGCCAGGGUCUCACUCUAGACUUAGGCUGUUGCGAUUUUGGUGACUCCGACGUGAUCUGAAUACUCAGCUGCACAAUCAUUACGAAUUUCCUUCUUGACUUCAACUCGAUUUUUCUGCGUCAUUCGAUGUGACCACGAUAUGCAGAAUUCAGUUGCCGACAUCCUGUCGUGAAGCGAGCCGGACGCCAUCGCACAAAUUCAGCCCGUCAAAUCCAGGCCAUGGUUCUGAUCCCAUCCAACGGAUCAGUCCUUCAAUAAGCACCGGAAUCCGGACGUCAUUCUCAUUAUUCACUAUCUAACUUUCUCUAUUACCAACGGUAUCUCAUAACUCUCUUCCCCUGCUAUCCUUGCCCCUUCCCGCCCCCCGCAGCCGCCCAUGCUGCCGAUAACAAUACUGUUGGUACGUUUUGCAUUCAUUCAGUCUAACUACACUUCCCUCGUUCGGCUUUAUCACCCGAACUUCCGUCUGGGAAGGGAGCAUACUUUCGAUUAGACAAGAUUCUUGCUGAUCUGUUUUUGGAUAGCACAGACAGUAAAGUUGGAAAGACCACAGGGAACGCAGUGCCUCUUGGCUUAAACUCUUGCACGAGCGGACAGUGAAGGCCGGAUGGCACUUCACGAAGGAUGGUGUCUCAAAGCUAAGCGCAUUCUGUCGGCAGUAAUUAUACAUCGGAUCCGUCUCCGUUCAUUAACUCUAUCUCAUAAAUAAUUACAGUUAGUGAUCUGAUGAUACGUGUAGCUAGCAUUUUUAUACGAGAACGUACAUCGUUUCCCAUGUAUGGACUGAAACCACAUCAGCCAAAGUCACCGGGAAAGUCGUACACGUGAAAUGCCACCCGUACAUCCGCGGUACUGCAUUGGUUUUACCUAUUCCUGACAGCAGUGGGGUUCGUCUUCUAGACUAUGUCGAUAAUGCGACUCAUCGCAGGCCCUCGGGACGCUAAUUGCGUCAGUGUGCAUCCAAAGCCCUACCGCGAGUGACAUCGAUGUCACGCGUCUCCAACACUGUCCGUGAAAACAAUCGUUGGCUUUGUUCUUACAUAAACAAGCAUGCUAUGACCCCUGUGAAGGAGGGGGGUCGAAGCAACGACCUGCAAGCACCUACAGUUCACAUUUGUAAUGCAUGUUCACAGAAAACGGCAUGAACUGCGUCAGUCCAGUCAUCGCUGUGGUCGUAGAUCACACCUAAGGUGUGAACUGUAAUCAGAGACACUGUAAUGUGCAAUCGUGCCGCUCGACGUGUGACUAAUCUGACCUUUCGCUGCAGUUGACUCACCGACGCGACAGGUGUCAGGUUCUCCAUGACUGGUAGCGGCCAGCCGUCCUGGCGUCAAUUUCAAACGGUGACAAUGAUCUGAACUUUGAGGAGGUAGCCGGCCCAAUAAGCCAGACUGAUCGCGGUAGGCGUUCAGGAUCCUCGAUCCGAGCUUUUUACUCUCUCACCAAAUCUUUUGGACUGUCACGCGAACUGUCUGCAAACAAGGCAUCGGUUUCAUCAAAAAACAACUUCUCGUCACCACCAUCCUCUGAUUAGAUACUCAACCAGACCGAACAGAGGGCCAAUUGGAUAGGAUGAAGGCUUCAACAGGAGGACCAGUGUAGAGCAAAGGCGUAGGAGUGAGUGCUGGGGUGCUAGGCCUUAAACCACGGAUGAAAAAGGAAGACAAGAUUCAUAGAUGUUUUGGCAGAUUUUGAAUAAUUCACACUGACCAAACUGUGAAAAACUCGGCGCCUCGGUGGGAUUCAAACCCACGCAGUAAGGGGAAGGCUUUAGUACAGCCAGCGCUCUAACCACUUGAGCUACGAGGCACCGGUGGACGACGCGAUUGUAAUCACAUUUGUGUCAAGUUACCUGUCCAACCUACUACAACGUCUGGAAUCCACCAAAUGUGAUGCAGUAAGUUGACUGCCCAGACAGGAUUUCCUAAGUAAUUCACCUAGAAUCCACCAGAUGACUACCAGGUUUGCGUAAUUCAUAGAUGUUUUGGCAGAUGUUGAAUAAUUCAUAUUGACCGAGGCGCCGAGUUUUUCAGAGUCGUAAGGUUAGUAGGAGAUCAUCUCGUAGAUCUCAGACGUUGGAGUAGGUUGGGCGGGUAACUUGACCCAAAUGUGAUUAAACUCGCGUUUUCGGCGGGGCCUCGUGGCUCUAGUGGUUAGAGCGUUGGCUGUACUAAAGCCUUCCCAUUACUGCGUGGGUUCGAAUUCCACCGAGGCGCCGAGUUUUUCAUAGUUUGGUCAAUAUGAAGACAAGAUUGUCCUCAGUAGCUAAAGGCGUUCACCGAAUGGACAGGGUAGUGUGAACAGGCGCUGGACUUGACGAGCGUAGGAACACACAGUGCUCAUCUGCAGAAAAAACACUCGGUAAGAUGUGGUUAUGCUGCCACACCUAAUGGACACAAUACUGUUAGGAGUUAGGGUUGUUGUUAGGGGUUAGGGUUAGAGGCUAGGGUUAGGGCAACUAUCUCUCAAUCACUCAAACUACAACCGCGCACUCCCAAUAGCUUUUCUUUUGCAUAAAAUUACUUGACCUCAUCGCCUGUGCGUUCUGCGGUCCCACCUGUAAAAAUCCCUAUCACCACCGGUACCAUAUUAGAGGUGGCUGGUGUCUGCUAACUUCAGGUGCGGCUACAUAACCACAUUUGACCAACCGGUCGACGAGGAGUCGCACCGAUCGAAAUGGCUACACUUUCCGAGAAGGCCCGAGGACCUCCAUCAGUUCGGCCUCCCAAUUCCUGGUCGAAAUCCGAGGAAAAGUUGUCCGACCUGAUCAGAUUAUAGUGUCCUUUGACGUGGUUUCAUUAUUCACAUCCGUCCCACCGGACCUGGCACGCAACGUUAUUUGCAAACGACUCGAAGACAACUACGAUGAAACGAACAGACCCCUGAAAACUGACUACCUACUGCAACUCUUUGCUUUCUGCCAACAAACCUUUUUCCCCUUCAAUGGCAGAACCUACGAGCAGAUCACAGGAACACCGAUGGGUUCGCCAAUAUCCAGCCUGGUUGCAGAACUAGUCUUGUAGGAACUGGAAAAAGUAGUCUUCGGCCAAUAUGAACCUGCAUCUUGGCGCCGGUACGUGGACGACACGUUCGUUAUAAUUGAAAUGAGCAGACUGGCCGACUUUCAAGACCUGCUUAACGGCAUCUUCCCGGACAUUCAGUUCACAAGGGAAGAAGAGCAUGCCGAACAGCUGCCUUUCCUUGACGUUCUCGUCACACGCACACCCAACGGCGAACUUAGCACCACGGUGUACAGAAAGGCGACUAACGCGACUCAGAUUCUCAACUACCAUAGCAACCACCCAAUGACGCAUAAACGCAGCCGUGUUAGGACACUCUUCCAAUGGGUAAAAACGCACUGCAGUGAGCCAGAGGGACGAGUACGAGAACUACGGCAUCUUCGGGACCAACUGGCAGGGAAUGGAUACCCGAACAGCUUCGUCAGCCGCCGCCUCCACACGCACCCACGGCAAACAAACGGAGGCGAGCUGCCAACACUCUGGCACCCUCUACCAUGUAUAAAGAACGUGUCCGAUGCGAUGGAACGUAUCGCUGGAGAGCUCGGCGUCCGACAGCGACCAUACGCAACAAAAUCAUGUGAGUGAAGGGUCGACUAGACGUGGGAGAACAAUCGGAUGUCGUUUAUCAGAUCCAAUGUCGGAACUGCUCUCGCCACUACACAGGACAGACCGGACGACAACUUAGCUCACGAAUAACGGAGCAUAAACGGCCGGCUCGGAGAGGCGACCCGUUGUCUCAGGUUGCCGCUCACACCCUGGAGGAAGGCCACGAAUUCAACUUCGCGACCACGCCGAUAGUAUCGCGGCCCAGCAAUAAGACAGGGCGAAAACUGCUGGAGGCCUGUGUGUAUGACACCAACUCUAUCAAAAGACGCGUUGACAUACCCCCCUGUUAUCACGCGCUGCGUACCCGCGGCCAAGAGGCGAGACCCAAUUUCCAGCCAAGGGUGCACGCAGUCACGCCUCCGUGACACGGCGUGGGACUCGGCUCAUCGCGAAUGCCACCCUCUGCACUCAUAUCUCCCCCCCCCCUUCAUGGUUUGACUAUAAAAACUGCUCAUAUGACGCCGCAUUCUCACAGUCUCUGACGUUGGCCUCCUAUACGAGACCGAAAGCUCAGACUAAUACACCUGCUGUCCCAGAGAUCGUUUGUUCAUCUUCUUCACAACAAGAACCUGGGAUUCACACAUUCGCCUUCAUCAGUCCUUCUUUAUUUCUGUGUUGAUCCCAGAGUCACAGAAGAGGGCCAUGUGGGAGAGUGUUUGACUUAAGUGGACGUCAAAGUUUGCUAGAGAGCGAAAUCGGGACGGACGCAGACGUCGUUUGUGCAACCGCACCGAUACUGACGGCCUUCCUUCGCUCGCCAUCGGACCAAGACAUCAGGCGUGCGGCUUUAUUUGGGCAGCGUUCACGGCCUGGGUGGUAGGACAUCGGCCAAGUUAGUGCGCUGUCUACUGCUCUUCGUAAUCGGCUACUAGUGAGUUCACAGAGUCGAUAGGACAAUUCAUAGCUGUUUGGUGCGCGAUAGAACUUUUGCCAGACAUUAACUGUUUACUCCGAGUUGUUACGGUAAUAUGACAGCAGUCGGGACUCUCAGAUCCACAGGUGGCAGAGUUUUUGAGUUUUUUGCCAUACAGGUCUGCGUGCUGCCCUGUCUCGCCGGCCACAGUAAGGCUUGCACUGCGACUGUCUCUGAUGAUGGAUUCGAGUGAGAAUUCGAAACGUCAGGCCAAUAAAUUUCUUGUUCCCGUGAUCACAUCUUCGUCUUCUGAAAGCUUGUACAGUCUAUGCAGGCCCCGGGAAGUUUCGCGACGGACUCGCUUCCCCAGUCCAUUGCCGAAGGGCGUAGCUGUUAGAGAAUUAAUGAAUCAGGCUGCUUCUCCAACAUUCCUAACCAAAAUUUAUUCUCUAGCAAUAUAUUAAUCUGCGCCACCGAAGGAGAUUGUGCCACUACAGGUCAAAUUCGUUCAGUUACGUCCGUGUUGCUUACAGUACGGGAUGUUCCCACAUUCCUGGGGCUGUUUUGGAAUUCAAUCACUUCGGCACAAAUCAUAGGGAAGUUAGGCACAGGAAAAAUUAUUCUUGAUGGGCUUUUAGAUUAUCAUAUUCCAACGCGACCGCCGCCAUUUUCGAUACUUUUUUGAAAUCGAUUGUCAAAUUCUCUAAAUGCAUUACGUGACCAAUUCAGUGAAAUUGCUUGAAUUGUUUCUGCCAUUGGGGUUUUUUAUUCACCCGAAAACGACGUUUUGUUGGGAAGACGGCUGCUUAGACAUCAUUGCAUAGAGAGGAAGUUCAGUGGGGGUUUGCCAAGUGGAUGGACUGAUUCGGGAAUUGGUUCAAAUCAGUCUGCUUACUUGAUUGGAGACGUCUUAUUUAAAAACCGUCAUAUAAUGUCAGAGUGUGCCAUCUUGCUAAAAAAGGGGUAAUAUUUUUAACCUCCAAGACGAAUGCCACCACUUUUCAGGCCGAUUAUUACACGCAGAAUAUAUCCGGCAACUGAUACAUUGGUGUUACUGAAUUUCGUUAUUCUGACCUUGAGUUCAUCCAAAGAACUAAGUUUCGUUUUAAGAAGGUCUCAGGGGGAAAAUUUAACGGGGAUAGAUUAAACGAACGCGCUUACCGGGCAAUCGGUUUAAAACUGCCUACCCCUCUGCUGGAAGAUGUGCCAUGUAGACACCGUUAUACAUUUAAUGUAUAGCGCCAGGACAUUUCCUUCUUCUGGACAAAGGUGUCAUUUAAAAGAUUUAGCAUGUUCAAUUCAGGGAUGAAGAAAUUCCGCGUAAUUGUCAGAAAAGUCUCGCCAGUAACUUCGGCUACACCCUCUUCACUGAAUCUGGUCCUCCAGACUGCUGGUCAUUCAGUUCCUUUUAAUUUUUUAUCCAUACUUUUAGUGGAGUUCUGUAAAAAAAACACUCUUUUACAGUAAGUAACAAAGUUUCUUCUUCCAGCUGUAAACAAAUGAACCUGGAAAAGCAAAGGCACGAGUUAGAUUUGUGUUUCAAACCUGUCAUUUAGGGAAUUGACUCAUAAACCACCAACUAAGAAAAGGAUAAAUACGAGAUAAAAUCAAAAUUAUUGCCUAGCUGAAAUGAUAAUGCAAUUCCCGUGUGUUGGGUACCGAUACAGUUUUCACUAAGUGAAUGCAGGAUUCGCGUAACGUGAGUUAUUGGCUCUCAACACUGCUGCCGUACAUUUUGCUGAAAGUAAUCAAUUUAGACCUAUUUAGCGGCAUGACGCAAAAUAAGGUCUCCUUCAGAGAUACCUUGACCCUUCCGGGUUCUGCGUUACCUGUCAGUUUCAUAUGUGCACACAUGAAAACGCCUCUUUAAGAAAAAUACUAUGUAUCCCACAAAGGCCACCUUUUACUAAAAACGUUUGCUCAAUACCGCAUGCCUUGAGUUUACAUCUACUUAUCAAGGUCACACAGGAAAAAAAACGAGAAAAGAUAAAAUAUUUGAACUGACGAAACUAGAAUAUUUAAACAUGAGGGAGUUCAACUUUUAUAAAGUGUUUAACUAAAUAAUUAUAUCAUUUUGUGCACCAUGAGUCACUAAGUUUUAAAACUGCUGUAGGACUUGGCAAACAAGUGGAGGCUUGGGCAGAAAGGCAAGAAAGCAUGGGCCGACAUGAGAGAUAAAACAGCAGGCAGCUUCCUGCUCUCAAAUGCGAUAGACUCCCAGUGAACUGCAGGCGCGGUUUUCGAAUACAGAGAAUUGUCAGAAGUGCUUGCAACAACGCCUAGCUGCUAAGGCGCUGUCGAUGAUCCGUCAGGUUAGGCAAAACGGCUCAAUGCGCGCAGAUGAACAUCGAUCAAACCAAGCAGUUUUUUCUUGGCCUAAUGCCAGCUGAACAGUAGUCCACAUGUGAACUGGAUCAAACUGAUUGUUUCAAGUAAGUGUCCAGUUAAAUUAUUCCCCGUGGGAACCCAGCCACCUCUACCUGCAAUUCGUCUGAUUGUCUCAGUAAAGUAAAUCCCACCUGAUGCUUAUGCCUGUUAACUAGUCCUCAGUAUUUGGCUGUAUUUCCUGUGCGAAGGCCGCAAAAGCGAUAGGUCAUUCCUGGGAGGAAAUACUAGGGAAUCGCCUAGUAUUUGCUCGCUACAAGGUAAGGCUCCUGCCGCCAUACCGAUCAUUCGACCGCCCACUCUCACCAUCCCUCUUUCAAAUCUCAAUGCCCCACUGCCGUUGAUCACUGCCACCUCCAUCAUCUCUGCCACGAAUACCGCGGCGACGACAAACACCGCCACCUCUGCCACCCCCGUCACCGACCGAAACGCUACUGACGUCCCGUCAACCACCAACACAUUCACCAUAACCAUCACCAACCCCACCCUCUCUAGUGAUGUGGAAUCGGUCCCAAUUUGUCUUCAGUGCGACGGCGCAUUACCUCCACACAUCGGCCUGGUCGGUCACCUGCGAAUUCAUCGCGCAGAGAGUGGCCAACCAGUGUCUGGAGCCCAGACAUAUGGUGGCUGA